UACGGAUGUCGGGAGAGUUUGUAUUCCAUUCUUUUUCGCUCUCUGCCCUCUUUUAGCGUAGGAUUAAGUUGCCGAGCACGUUGCUGCAAGCUGUAGCCCCCCCCCCCCCCCGCCUUAGUGAAUCGGUCACGUUUAGGACCCUCUAAGUCCAUCCUAAUUCUGCCAGUAGAAUUGAGGGUAUUGGAGCUCUAAACUUUCAAAAGGAAAGGGGCCUGCAACUCUCCAGAAAACUUACAAAUACCCCGAAAUUUUUUACCAUUGUAUUUUUGCACCACAUCACCAAAUAGUAUUUGCAAAGAAAUAAUAGACAUGUCUUUGAGAAAAAAAAUUUUUUUUAAGUUUAUACUUAGCAAUGCGCUGCUUAGACAGAUGGAGUAAAAGGCAGGUUUGUAUCGGCAUUUAACGGAAUGAGUGCGUUUUCCAUAACGUUUGUUGUGCCAUGUGUUUUUUUAAAACACAAACAAAACACUACCCCAACUGAGAAAGGAAGUAGAAUUUUGAAUUAAAAUGUUGUGGAACAACUUUAAAAGAGACGUUUACUUGAAAUUUAUUAGUGUAAAAAUUGGCCUCAGAAGUGAAAAGUAAGCUUUUCAAAGUUAAAAGACUUAAUUUUCACCCUAUGAUUCCAUAAUAAAAAAGCAAAUUUUCUGGUUAAUAUGUGAUACUGUCAGCGUUGAGUGUCCAGCCUUUUGGGUCUUAGUGCCCAAACCUUGCUCAAAUCUGAUUAUGAUGUGAUUUGCUGAUGUCAUGAAUAUGAAAUGAUACUUGUAUAUCCAUAAAUUCGAACUUGUGAUUUUUUCUUUUUUUUUUUUUUUUUAUCUCCCACUUUUUUGUAGGUUCCCAGUAGCUGCAGCAGUGAAAGACAGUGAUUGGCUCCAGUGCUCCUAGAAGGAUUUGGGCUGAAGCCAGGAGAACAGAACCAGAAGAGGAUUCCCUUUGCAGAGACCAUCAGGCUCCUCAUGUCUUGUCUCUCCUGUCUCCCCUCGUGGUGGCUCAGGAUUUCAGUAUGGCUGAGCAGCCCAUAGAGUCAGCUGACAUGGUCAACAAAUUUAUCAAAGAAACCCCCUGGCUUUUGAAGAAUAGUACUUUAUACAUCUGGAUCUGCACAUCAGGCAAAGCUCAGAAAUAUCCGUUUAUUCUUUUAAUCACGCGGAUGUGUCUGUUUUUGGAGGAACAAGGAAACACAUAAAUGCCUGGGUUGCAUUUAUGUUGUAGUUGCAAACACCGAACAGUUAAGAAGAUUUUGCCGAAUUUUGCAAAGCAGCCAAGGAGCCGCCUUGGGAUCGUGGUAAUGCGACUGGGAGGACCCUUGCUCUCAUUUGGCAAUAUUUUGGAUAUCCUUGAAAACGACACCAAAAUAUGCCUUAAUUUGACUAAGAAGAGGUUAAACCACAUUGAUUUUCAUCCAAAGUGAUUUUGUUAAAGCAGAUGCUUGACUUUGAUGGAAAAACUGGGAGUUGUGGAAGAUUUACCUAAACUACCAACCAAAAGCAUCACAAACCACUGAAACAGUCUGCAUCCUACAUCAGCACUUUCUUUUCAUUGUUAUUACGUAAAACCUCUGGAAGCACCUUGGGCGUUUGACAUUUUCUUUUCUUUGCUGCAGAAGGAAGCAAUCUGCUCCCUGGAAUUCUGACCUGUGGUGAACAGGACCCUGGCAAAGGCUUUGCUGGGGACUCUUGGACGAUCCCGCCUCCAAUCCAGUACGGUUAAUUGUGGAAAAGUGUACACAUUUCUGGCUUAUCUAUGCUUUGUUAUGGGUCUGACGUGAAACUACCUCCUCCCCACCCCACCCCCCAGCAGAGAACCGAAAUCCAGUUGAAUUGUUAACAGUGUUUCGGAGCUGGAGCCUUGAACUGCUUCCUUGGUCAAAUAACUUUGUUUCUGGUUGUAAAAAGGCAUUUCAGGAAAAAAAAAAAAAAAAAAAGGAAAAUCGACAGAAAUUCCAAACCAGGAUGCCUUGAGACACACGCAGCAUCUGGCGGAGGAUUAACAUACAUACAUGUGUAUGUAUGCGUCACGUAUAUAUUUACUGCAAAUGGUGGGGAUCAUUUAGUGCCCGAGAUGGGAGACCUGAAGUCAGGUUUUGAAGAGGUGGAUGGCGUGAGGCUCGGCUACCUCAUCAUUAAAGGGAAGCAAAUGUUUGCCCUCUCCCAAGUCUUCACAGAUCUGCUGAAAAACAUCCCGAGGACGACCGUGCACAAGCGCAUGGAUCAUCUGAAAGUGAAGAAGCACCACUGCGAUCUGGAGGAGUUGCGGAAACUCAAGGCAAUCAACAGCAUCGCCUUCCACGCCGCCAAAUGCACGCUCAUCUCCCGGGAAGACGUGGAAGCGCUCUACACCUCCUGCAAAACCGAGCGCGUCCUCAAGACCAAGCGCAGGCGGGUCGGCCGGGCCCUGGCCACAAAGGCGCCGCCGCCAGAGCGCGCCGCUGCCGCCAGCCCCCGCCAGGGAUUUUGGAAGGACAAGCACCAACUUUGGCGGGGCCUGAGCGGAGCCGCGCGGCCCCUGCCAAUCAGCGCGCAGUCCCCGCGCCCGGGCGCCGCCGCCGCGCGCCCCGCCGCCCAUCUACCUCAGAUUUUUAGCAAAUACCCCGGCUCGCACUACCCGGAGAUCGUGCGCUCGCCGUGCAAACCCCCUCUAAACUAUGAAACUGCCCCGCUCCAGGGAAACUACGUCGCCUUCCACUCGGACCCUGCUUAUUUUCGGAGCCUGCUGUGCAGCAAACACCCGGCAGCAGCCGCCGCCGCCGCCGCCGCCGCCGCCGCCGCUGCCGCUGCCGCCGCCGCCGCCUAUUACCAGGCAUCGGCGGCCGGGCCCCAGCCCAAGGCAGCGGCGGGCGCCGGAGGCCCGGGGAGCCUGAGCUACCGCUGCAAGCGCAAGCGCGGCGGCGCCAAGGACUGCCUGCUCGCGCCUCACGCCGGCGCGCGGCGCCUGCUGCUGCUGCCCAGGUCUUACAAAGCCAAGGCGGCGGCGGCGGCGGCGGCGGCGGCUGCAGCGGCGGCGGCCGCCGCCGGGGCCACUUGCCUGGAGAGGUUUCAUCUGGUCAACGGCUUCUGCCCGCCUCCGCACCACCACCACCACCACCACCACCAUCACCACCACCACCACCACCACCGGGCCCAGCCGCCGCAGCAGAGUCACCACCCCCCUCACCACCACCGGCCGCAGCCCCAUCUGGGCAGCUUUCCCGAGAGUUGCAGCAGCGACUCCGAGUCCAGCUCCUACUCGGACCACGCGGCCAACGACUCGGAUUUUGGCUCCAGUUUGUCCAGCUCCAGCAAUUCUGUGUCCUCAGAGGAAGAGGAGGAGGAGGGAGAGGAGGAGGAAGAAGAGGAGGAGGAGGAGGGGGGCAGCGGGGCCUCGGAUUCCAGUGAAGUCAGCUCGGAGGAGGAGGACUCGUCCACCGAGUCGGACUCCAGCUCCGGCUCCAGCCAAGUGUCAGUGCAGAGCAUCCGAUUCAGGCGCACCAGCUUCUGCAAGCCUCCCAGCGUGCAGGCGCAGGCCAACUUCUUGUACCAUCUGGCCUCCGCCGCCGCUGCAACCAAACCCGCUGCUUUCGAGGAUGCCGGCAGACUUCCCGACCUCAAGAGUAGUGUCAAAGCGGAGUCGCCGGAGGAGUGGAAUCUGCAGAGCUGGGCCCCCAAAGCAUCUCCGGUGUAUUGCCCGGCCAGCCUGGGGAGUUGUUUCGCUGAGAUAAGGAACGAUAGGGUAUCUGAGAUUACAUUCCCACACUCUGAAAUUUCCAAUGCUGUAAAGAGAACUGACCUGACAAUUAACUGCCUGGCAGAGGGGGCCUCUUCACCUAGCCCAAAGACAAACAAUGCAUUUCCACAACAAAGAAUACUCCGAGAGGCUAGGAAAUGCCUACAAGCAACUCCUACUAUACACUGUGCAGAUAACAACACAAUAGCUGCUAGGUUCUUAAAUAAUGAUUCUUCAGGAGCAGAAGCAAAUUCAGAAAAAUAUUCCAAAAUCCUUCAUUGUCCUGAAUUUGCUACGGAUUUGCCCUCUUCGCAGACUGAUCCUGAAGUGAACGCUGCAGGAGCAGCAGCAACUAAAGCCGAGAAUCCCUGCACUGACACAGGCGAAAAGACAUUGCCAUUUCUGCACAAUAUUAAAAUCAAAGUAGAAGACAGUAGUGCUAAUGAAGAAUAUGAACCUCACCUUUUUACAAAUAAGCUAAAGUGCGAGUGCAAUGAUACAAAGGGUGAGUUUUACAGUGUGACUGAGAGUAAAGAGGAGGACGCCUUGUUAACCACAGCCAAGGAAGGUUUUGCGUGCCCUGAAAAAGAAACUCCUUCCUUAAAUCCACUGGCUCAAAGUCAGGGCCUUUCAUGCACUUUAGGUUCUCCAAAACCUGAGGAUGGGGAAUAUAAAUUUGGUGCCAGGGUAAGAAAAAAUUACCGGACACUAGUACUGGGAAAGCGACCUGUCCUUCAGACACCUCCAGUCAAACCAAAUUUGAAAUCAGCUAGAAGCCCUCGUCCUACAGGUAAAACUGAGACACAUGAAGGAACACUGGAUGAUUUUACAGUUAUAAACAGACGCAAAAAGGUAGCCAGCAAUGUAGCAUCAGCAGUGAAAAGGCCAUUUAAUUUCAUGGCAAAUUUUCCUUGUCCACCAUCACUCAUUAUUGGGAGAGAUGGGGAUUUGUGGCCGGCGUAUUCCUUAAACACCACUAAGGAUUCUCAGACUCCUCACAAGGCCCAUCCUAUAUGGAAAUGGCAGCUGGGCGGUUCUGCAAUACCUCUUCCACCUAGUCACAAAUUCAGGAAAUUUAAUUCAUAAAAAUGUUUUGGAAGAUAUUUUCUUGAACCAUAUUACCUUCCUUUUGUUGUAAACUGCACAGGAUGGUUUGUACAAGUCCAUUAAUGUGUUACACCCCCUUUGGAGUCCUGGUUUAUCGCAUUUUGAAGACAGAAAUCGGAUUACUUUUUUUCCGUUGCGGGUUUUUUUUUUUUUUUUUU